AUGAAUAUCGUACAAUCAUUGAAGAAUGAACAAUCAAGACGGUCACCAUCUUCAAAUAGAAGACAAUCAAGAAGAGCGAAUACUUAUCCUUAUAAUAGGAAUGAAAUAAACAGUGAAAAUUAUUAUAAGUGUGAUCAAAAUGGUGAUCAUAUCAAUAUUUUGAAUGCUCAAGGAAGUUCCUUAAGAUCUUCAAAAUUGCUUACUCACUUCACUAAUAAUGUGGAAACAUAUGGAUCACGAAAGAUUAAACAAAGAAGGCGAAAUCGAUAUGUAAGACAACGAAAUACAAGUAUCUAUAAUUUGAGGUUAAUAAAUCUUCCUCAACAAUCUGUAAAUGAUCCAUUUAUAAAUCAAUUUUUCAAUGGAAUUACGUUUUAA